AUGGGGCGCCAGGGCGCGGGCGGCGGCCUUCAGCAGCGCCAGAUACUCGGCGAGCCCAGUGAACUCGAUGGCCAGCAGCGCCCCGUCCUCGGUAGCCCGGCGGUAGUCGCGGAGGGCGGGCAGGAGGGCGGGGAGAGCGGCAGGGUCGGCGGCCACGCCGGGCGGCGGCCCGGGGGUGAGGAGGAGGGCGUCGAGCAGGGCGGGCGCCCGGCCCCGCCCACUUCCGCCGGAAGUGGUGCCAGCCGGAAGCGUCGCCUUGGCAACGCGGCGGCGGCGGCGCGGCCUAACGUGGCGGCGCUGGAGGGGUCCCGCCGCUGCGAGCUGUGCGGGGCGGCGGCGGCGCGGGUCCGCUGCGAGGGCUGCCGCCUCACGUACUACUGCGAUGUAGAUCAUCAAAAAGCUGACUGGGUUAGUAUCCACCAGCAAAUAUGCCAGCUGCUGAUUCCAAUCCGAACUCCCCUCCCUUUUCUCCUUUCUGAAAAAGAAAGAAAACACGGCGCAGAGCAGCUGCUGAAGAGGCAGAAAUACCUCAUCGAGCUGGCGUACGGCACAGCCCGGGAGUUUGUGCUGGAGGGGAAGCACCAGGAAGCCCUCCCCGCGGCCCUGCACGCGCUGCGCUUCAGCACCGAGGUGCACGGCUCCCAUUCCCUGCAACUGGUGCCCGCUUAUCUCCUCUUGGCCGAGGCCUCCACUGGUGUUGGCCAUUUCCAGGAGGCAUCGAGGUAUCUCUCCCGGGCCGAGUGGAUGGUGCUCACCGCCCCCGACUGCAGCCCUGCUCUUCAGUGCCAGCUGCACCGCGGGCUGGGGCUCUUCUGGGCUGCGAAAGGAGACUUCGAGCAGGCUUUGUAUCACCUGGCAAAUGAUAUUUACGUUGCCAGUUCCGCAUUUGGACUAAAGUCCCUCGAGGUCUCUGGAGGGUAUUUCCACAUGGCCAAUGUUUUCUUCCGCCAGAACAAAACGGACAUUGCAAACUCCCUCUAUGCUGAGGUGACCGGCAUCUGGCGUGCCUUUCUCCUGAAGUCAGUUCAAGCCCAGGAGCAGGUUCUCAAGUCGCGGCCGGAAAUGUCUCUGCUGAGCGGGGAGGAGGAAGCCGGCGAGGAGCCUCUGACAGAAGCCCAGCGAGCGGAGGCCACCCGGGUGCUGAGCACCGUGUUGGGUGUCAGAGAACGGGCACCAGAGCAACAGCCCGGGGAGACCGCGGGGGUCCUGCACGCCCUUGCCAUGCUGUAUUACCUGGCCAGGGAUUUACCAAAGGCCCGGGAGGCGGGGAGCAGAGCCCUCCACCUGGCGAAACAACUGCCCCAGCGAGAGUCUCUGGAAACCGUUGGUCACUUGUUAACGCUGAUUAACUCCUGCACGGAAUAAAGAAUUUCUCCCAGAGCCCGGGGUUGGGGCCAGUUCUCGCUUUAA